CAAAACUACACUCUGUUAACGAGUUAGUAUGUCUUCGCUAGAGUCGAGUAAUGUUCAGCACCAUAAUUGCACAAGUCCACCAGAGUUUUCAAAAUCACCAGAAAGUUCAUUGGAUUCGAGAAAUAAAUUGUUUGCUGAUAGUAAACUAAUGUGUUCUUCAAAUUUAAAUGAGACCUAUUGGAUGCAACUGGACAAGUCGUUAAUUACCCGACAAGAUAUAAAGUCGGUUGUUCCUGAUAUGAAGUCCCGAAAAGAUAUGCUUUCACUAAAUUACCGACCUGCUUCGCAAACAUUUAAAACAUACUCAACCCGAUGUUCUCGUAAAAGUUUGAAAACCCAUUGCAAUAAAAAACAUUCCACAUACAGACAAAGUGAAGAUACUAAGGAUUCUAGUAGUGGUCUGUCAUCAACCAUUGGUAUUUUGAAUAACAAAUCUGGUCACGUAACCCAGUUAGCCAAUCGUGUCGAGCACCUUUUAAUUCAGGAUUCUACUAACAUCUUGUCUCAGAACAAGGAAAUACAAUUAGUCUAUCAUAUUGAAAAACAGGACUCCUUGGAAAAUCAUUCAUUUUCUAGCACUAAAAAGAAUCCAAAUAGUCUCAUCCCAACUCCAGUUACAACCACAUUAUCAUCGCCCUGGUAUCGUCAUUGUAGACCAAAAGCCCCUCCUCCAAUUUUUCCUUUUUCCACAGAAAAUUCUGUGAAAUGCUGUGAAAGUGAAAGCCGCGAUUUUGAGCUUUGUGAAGGGAGUAACAAGAGUGGAAAUGGCCAUCUAGAAUUUGAAUGCGAAAACUCGCUUAAACCAGUCCCAUGUCUCCUUUCUUCAGUGUGUUCUUAUUCAGUACGCUGUCCAAGUAUACAAGUUCUAGAGGCAGAUCUUAGUCAAGAAAACAUAAACUGGGAUUUAGAUUACCCACUGCCAUCUUCCCUACCUCCUUUCAGUGAUGUCGCACCAACACUAAUGAGUCAUCCAUAUUCCCCCUCACCUCCUCUCAAUAACAAUACUGAUGAAGAAUCCAAUACGCUUUCCGGAGCGGUAGCAUAUUUAGAAGAAGUUAAUUUAAAACCUUUGGCUCCCAUAACAAAUAUCCUGCCAAAUGGUGGUUCUUUUAUUCGUCGUCAUCCUAAAUGGGCAGUUACUUGUAGUUCAGACAUCCUUAGGUCACAUACGACUGUUCGUUUCCCAGGUUCAAACUCAGUAAUCGAUUUUGAUUUGACUUCAUCUCCUUCUGUACCAUCCCCUCCUCCUUUGAUUGUGGAACGUUUGCCAUGUGAAUUGGAUAUUUCAAAAUCUCAAGAACAGCAUUCGAUUUGUUCACCUACUCUAAAUAAUCCUAAUCUAACACGUCCGAUAUUUUUAAAACGUGGAGCAUCUGAUGGUGCAGAACAAAACUCUGAAGAUAUAAUUGGCCUAGAUAUUAACAGGGAUUAUAAUCCACCAUCAACAAUGAAACGCAGUCACUAUUGGGAUCUUACCAACGAAGAAUAUUCACCCAAAAAAAGUCGUGUUCAGUUAUUAUUACCAAGUGAAUGUAGCGCAUUUCUCCCAGUAAAAUCAACUCGUCAAUUGGAUCAUAAACAUAUACACUGUAUUUCUCCACCUUAUUUACGAUAGAGACCCAAGUUAAAUCAGUACUUAAAGUACAAAUUGUAUACUAAAAACUUAGUCUUUCAUAUAUAUAUAUAUAUAUAUAUAUAUAUAUAUAUAUAUAUAUA